AUGGCGUCCGACGCUCUUGCUCUGGUAGCGUCUGCUCUUGCUGAUGCCAUCCCCAAAGGGGCCCUGGACGGGCAGGUGCCAGCGCUGCUCCGAGUCGCCGCGGCGCUGGCUGAAGGCGGGCUCGACCGCGGGCGCGGCCAACGGUGCCGCCAACGCUCCCCUGUGUACCGUUCUCUCCGUGCUCACGCUCACACCUACCGCCAACCCUAUCGUUCCCCUCUUCAGGCUGGACUGAGGGACCAGAUCUCGUUGCGUCGGCGUCAGAGGCAGCAAGAGAGGCUGAGCCGUCGACAGCAAUGGCAGCUCCUGCAGGCGCGUACAGCUGUGCCAGCUCCCCGUACGCCGAUGGUUCUUGGGACGCCUCCCGCGCUUCCUGGGCCGCUGUCGGCCGCGCAGCGGCCACCUCUUCCUCCGUCGUCGCCCCUCCUUCAAGACGCACCCCCGCAGCAACAGCCGCAUCCACCAUCGUACCUCCCUUGGCCUCCCUCAGUUGUUCCUCCAGCCGUCUCUGGGUCAACUGAUCCACUGCCUGUUCCGUCCCCUGCUCCAGUUCCUGCGAACCGCGGGGCUGAGGUUCCUGCCGUGCCUGCACCCGUUCCUCCCCCGCACCCAGAUGCGCGUUGGAGUCACUGGGGUUUGGCCAAGGCGAUGAGUCGAGACGCGCCCUUCUCGCCGCCCUCUGAUACCCAUUCUCUGGUCCUCCGCCCUUUCCUCUCACGGUUUCUCUUCUCGCCCCGCGGCUUCCCUGCUCUCGAGAUGGUGAUUGCUGGAGCACCUGAGCCGUCGCCAGGGCACGCUGCCGCCUGGUUGGCUGUGGUCGCCAGGCCUCCGGCGGGGCCCGAAAGGGCGACCAUGGCGACGGAGCCCCCUCUACCGCCGGCUCCGAGGCACGUGACAGCAGUCUCUGAAAAGACUCAUCCCCACGCACCCGCGGCUCCCCUUGUCGGGGCGGAGGCUGGCCCGACCGCUCCCGCUGCUGUUCCGUCUGCUCCGCCUGCGUCACCAGGCACCCAGGCUCCCCUUGGCGGGCCGUCGGCGUCUGCCCCUGCUGGGGGUGUUGCUGAACCACCUGCGUCUGUCCCUGGCGCCCGUGUUGCGCCGAGCGCUUCUGCCCCCUGCCUGCCUGCGCAGGUCUCUGCCACCACUGGCGAACCGGCUCUGUCGGUUGCGCCUGCGGCGGCGGGUCAGUCCGCUCCCGCUGUGACGGCGGUGGUUCCUGCAGGCCAACCGUCACGCCCUCCGUCGCCUGACCGUCGCUCGUCGCGGCCCCAUUCCCCCGCUCCCCACCAGGAACGCAAAUCAUCUCGUCGCCGGCGUGAGUCUCCACGGCGGUACCAGCAACAGUCGCGCUGGCCUGCUCACCCCGGGGGUCAAGGGGAUUGGAGGGGUUCCCGUGCUCAUGGCGGGGGCGGGGGGCAUCGCCCGCUUGUGACGAUGGCGGAUCUUCAGCGGGAAGUGUCGGGGGCGGUUCGGGAGGAGAGGGCGGCGCAGAGCCAGAGCAGUUCGCUGCGCGCCUUGCCAGCCCGUGAGGCUCCCCGUCCGGCUGCGCUCCCCCCAAACCCGCAGCCUGUUGCUGCGCCUCCCCCCCAGAUCCAGGCGCUCCCGGCUCCUUCUCCCGCUGUAUCGGCGCCUGCUCCCGGCUCUCGACUCCAACUGCCACCGGUUCCGCCUGUUGCGGGAGUGGAAUUUGUGGCCGCAGGUGGCGGCUCGUUGGCGGCUCCGUUCGCUCUCCCUGCUGAUGCUGAUGAGCCGCUCGAGUUCCUGGCGGAGGCACUCCAGCCUCCGCAGACCCGUGUUCCCGAGGCGACUCUCGGACAGCUACACCGCCUCGCUGACAGUCUCCACGCUCUGCUGCUGAUUCAGGUGCUGGCCCACUCGUCUCUCCCUGUGAUCCCUCCUGAGACCUUCCGUGGCCGCCAGCGUGACUCGUGCCUAGACGCGGUGGACCAGCUCGCGGUGCUGCUGGCGCCCGUGCUGGCUGCGCUUGUGGAGGGUGGCGCUGCUGCUGCGAGACAGCUUGACGAAGCCGUCCGGGGCUUGAGGCGGCACUUGCGCGCAGGAUCUGGAGCCGCGGCGAUCGGCGCAAGCACGCUUGUGGUCCGGGAGCUGUGGCGCUCCCUGACGGGCGUUCUUCACGCCCUUGGAGCACACCGCAUGUAG